GAUUUCACAGAUUUGCAAUCAACCGCAACUCUCACAGCGGCUCCUCUGUUACUCCCAUUUUCGAGCUCACUGCAAAUGGCUACAAUCCAAUCCGUCAAGGCCAGGCAAAUCUUCGACAGCCGUGGGAAUCCCACCGUCGAGGUCGAUAUUGUGUUGUCUGAUGGAACCUUGGCCAGAGCAGCUGUUCCUAGCGGUGCAUCUACUGGUAUUUACGAGGCACUUGAGUUGAGAGAUGGAGGUUCUGACUACCUGGGGAAAGGUGUUUUGAAGGCUGUUGAGAAUGUCAAUGCAAUUAUUGGCCCUGCAUUGGUUGGAAAGGACCCAACUGAGCAGGUCCAGAUUGACAACUUCAUGGUUCAACAACUCGAUGGAACUGUUAACGAGUGGGGGUGGUGCAAGCAAAAGCUUGGAGCAAAUGCCAUCCUCGCAGUGUCUCUUGCUGUCUGCAAAGCUGGAGCUAGCGUGAAGAAAAUUCCUCUGUACAAGCACAUCGCCAACCUUGCUGGUAACAAGAGCUUGGUUCUGCCCGUUCCUGCAUUCAAUGUCAUUAACGGAGGAUCACAUGCAGGAAACAAGCUUGCAAUGCAGGAGUUCAUGAUUCUACCAGUUGGAGCUUCUUCAUUCAAAGAGGCCAUGAAGAUGGGGGUGGAAGUGUACCACAAUUUGAAGUCUGUCAUCAAGAAGAAGUACGGACAAGAUGCAACAAACGUUGGUGAUGAAGGUGGAUUUGCUCCUAACAUUCAGGAGAACAAGGAAGGUCUUGAAUUGCUCAAAACUGCAAUUGCCAAAGCUGGUUACACUAGCCAGGUUGUUAUUGGAAUGGAUGUUGCUGCAUCUGAAUUUUAUGGAUCAGACAAGACCUACGAUUUGAACUUCAAAGAAGAGAACAAUGAUGGCUCACAGAAGAUCUCAGGAGAUGCUCUGAAGGACCUCUACAAGUCUUUUGCCUCCGAAUAUCCUAUUGUCUCGAUUGAAGACCCAUUUGACCAAGAUGACUGGGAGCACUACUCGAAGAUGACCAGCGAAAUAGGAGAAAAGGUUCAAAUUGUGGGAGAUGAUCUCUUGGUUACCAACCCGAAGAGGGUGGAGAAGGCAAUCAAGGAAAAAACUUGCAAUGCCCUUCUUCUCAAGGUUAACCAGAUCGGAUCUGUCACCGAGAGUAUCGAGGCUGUAAAAAUGUCGAAACGUGCCGGUUGGGGAGUUAUGGCCAGCCACCGAAGUGGAGAGACAGAGGAUACUUUCAUUGCUGAUCUAUCUGUUGGUUUGGCUACGGGUCAAAUCAAAACUGGUGCUCCAUGCCGAUCAGAACGUCUUGCCAAAUACAACCAGCUGUUGCGUAUCGAAGAGGAGCUUGGCUCAGCUGCAGUAUAUGCUGGAGCAAACUUCCGCAAGCCCGUUGAACCGUACUAGACGACGCUGGACGAGUGGUGAAGGUUGUCGAUCCAUUAACUUCCGUGAAUAAGUGUUGGUUGUGAGACUGGUUGUUUUGUUGUACUCAGAGAAUCCCCUUUUCCCUUGAAUAAUUUCAGAACGUUUUUGUUCUGAGGAGGUUGAACAAUAGUUCCGAGAAGUUAGGAAGACAUGAUGAUAUCUGUCAUGAUAUUUGCAGCGUAGCUUUGAUUUUCAAAGAAUGAAUGAGUGCCCUUUUUCAAGUCUUA